AUGGCACCACCUAGAAAUGAAGCACGACCCCAGGGAACUUGCCGUGCCAAGACUGCAUCUGUUCUUGCCUUUGUCCAGCCAGUUCAGAAGAGCUACCAAUGUCUGGAGUGUGGGAAGACUUUCAGCCGAGGCCCAAGCCUAUUAACUCAUCAGAGAAUCCACACGGGUGAGAGGCCUUACCAGUGCCCAAAGUGUGGAAAGGGUUUUACCCAGCAGUCAAGUCUCACUAUUCACCUGAGAAUCCACACGGGUGAGAGGCCUUACCAGUGCCCAAAGUGUGGGAAGGGUUUUACCCAGCAGUCAAGUCUCACUAUUCACCUGAGAAUCCACACAGGGGAGAGCCCCUAUCCCUGCCCGGAGUGUGGGAGGCGCUUCCGGCAGAGCUCGAAUCUCCUCAAGCAUAAGCAGCUCCAUGCGGGGGUGAGGCCCCACCUGUGUGCUGAAUGUGGGAAGAGCUUUGCUCAGCGCUCAAACCUCCUCAUCCACCAGCGGAUCCAUACAGGAGAGAUGCCCUACCUCUGCUCUGAAUGCGGGCAAAUGUUCAGGCAGCAUCGUAGCCUGCUCAUCCACCAGAGAUUCCACAAAGGAUAUGGCUCUGCUGGCUACGUUUGCCCCGAGUGUGAGAAAAGCUUCACACAGAGCUCGGACCUAGUGAAGCACCUGCGAAUCCACACCGGGGAGAUGCCCUACAGCUGCCGGCACUGUGGGAGAAACUUCCGGUAUGUCUCGAACCUCAAUCGGCACAAGCGGACUCACACGGGGGAGAAGCCCCACGCUUGCCGAGAGUGUGGCGAAUGCUUCAGCCACUUGUCCAGCCGCAAUACACACGAGAUGAUUCACACAGGCAAGAGGCCUUUUGAGUGUGCUGAAUGUGGGAAGAUGUUUGUGUCCAGCUCAAAGCUCUCUAGACACCUGAGAACCCACACAAAGCAGACCUCCUAUAUCUGCAGCAAGUGUGGGCAAAGCUUCCACCACCAUCCAAACCUGGUUAAACACCAGCAACUCCACAAGGCUCGGAGCUCCCGCUCAAGACGGAAAGGGAAGUGA